UAAUCGUGUGUGCACUUCGUACCCAUUGAGGUACGGGGAAGGUGCUGUGAAUAUGUAACGCCAUGUAGUUUUAUUUAUUUAGUAAACUUCGCGUGAUCGCAUGUACACCGUCACCAUGGAAUGAUUUAAUUGUUGCUGUCCAAAGAGGAAUAACUACACGCAAUUGACUAGGGCUACGAAAACCAGCGCAUGUUUUUGCGAGUGGCCCAGGUCUUAUAUAAAGCAGCUAGCUAGCGUCCGGAUCGAAAAUGGAGACGGGGAUACAACACCGUACGGAACAAUUUGUCCACGAUAUAUCCAACCCUGAUGCAGCGGGUCUGUGUGCAGAAAUGCUUGAAGUGGCGGAGGAGGCCAGCCGCGCAGGGGACUUUGAUUUCGCUGCAGAGAUCUACGGGUCUCAACUAGCGGAUCUCGCCCAACCGGAUCGGGGACUUUGUUUGCGCAGAGCAGACGCCUUGGCUCGGUGCGGGCGGAUAGCCGAGGCGCUGGACUCCUACUGCACGGCCGCCAGUCUCAGCAGACUCCGGUCGGAAGAACUGGGACUUUUAGUCGAAAGCAUCGCGCGGAGCCUGCGGGAUAAAAACGAGUCCCUAAAAAGUAUAGAGAACAAACCCGGCUGCCAACUGAGCGGAGAUGGGGGCAUUGAGGGUAGCGAGGGCGCGCUAGAAGAGGAGAAAUCUCUAGACCUGUUUUCAUGUCGGCUUUGCAAGUCCUUGUUGACCGAGCCUACAACCUUACAGUGCGGGCACACUUUCUGCAAACGAUGCCUGGACAACGAUAGCGUCACCGAAUGUAGCAUGUGCAAAUAUAAGCUGAACAAAAAGAACGGAAUUAUCCAGCCCAUGGGUUUCAGAGUAAAUGUGAUUCUUAGUGGCUUGCUGGAAAAGUGGUUCGACUCGGAAAGCAAAGCCAGGCGGUACUGGCUUGAAGGGGAAAGUUUGUGGAAACAGAAGGAUUAUCCGGAAGCGCUCGAGAAGUAUAACCAAGCUGUAGAAUUAGCUCCGUCAGACUAUCAGCUGAUUGGUCAGAGAGCCAGGCUGCACGUGGACAUGGAGAGCUUCAGCCAAGCAGCCCAGGAGGCGGACAGCAUGUGCCAGCUGAAGCCGCUGUGUCCCGAGGCACACUACCUGAAGGCCACAGCACUGAGUAAGUUGGGGCGGAAGGAGGAAGCUCUGCAGGAGUACUUCCUGUGUGUGGCGCUGAAGCCAGGCUGGGCUGUGGUCAGGCGGGAGGCCCAGAAGAUUUUGAGCGAGGUGUUCUCCUCGGUGUUUGAGCGCGAAGGCCUGCCCACCCCCCUGCGCCCCCACCAGGGUGGUGCCAUCUCCUCCUGCUUCAAGCCCUCAGCCCUCCCGGGGUCCGCCCUGCCCCCCCCGCACAGCGAGGGUGCGCUGGCCGGCUGCUCCAAGGACCCGGCGUGGAGUCUGGCUAAGACGCUGGCGUGUGAAUUCCGGGCGAAUGCUGGCGAGCUGACCCCCCUGGCUCAUGGCACGCUUGAUCCCCCCUCUCUGGAGGACCCCAAAACCUUGACCGCCGUCCUCUCCAGCUUCCCCGCCCACCCCAGCCUGAAGAGAAAAUGCCCCAGUGAUGUCACAGCUCUCAGCCCCCCCACCAAGCUGCUAAAGCCAGAUGGGACCUGUUCCCCUCCCUGUGGGGGGAGGCAGGUGCCCCCUGAGCUGCUGGACAGUGCGGAUAUGGAGUGCUCCCUGUGCAUGAGGUUGUUCUACGAGCCCGUGGCCACGCCCUGUGGACACACCUUCUGCCUGAAGUGUCUGGAGCGCUGCCUGGACCACAACCCCACCUGCCCACUGUGCAAGGAGAACCUGUGUGAGUAUUUGGCCACCAGGGGGUAUCAUAAGACGCUGCUAAUGGAGGAGGUGCUGGUGCGCUACCUCUCUGACGAGCUCGCUGAGAGGAAGAAGAUCCAGGAGGAGGAGCUGAAAGAGCUGUCCAACUUGACCCAGGAAGUACCCAUCUUUGUUUGCACCAUGGCAUUUCCCACAAUCCCUUGCCCUCUGCAUGUGUUUGAGCCUCGCUACCGACUGAUGAUUCGGCGCUCCAUGGAAACCGGAACCAAACAGUUCGGCAUGUGCAUCGCUGACGAGCAGAAAGGGUUUGCAGACUACGGCUGCAUGCUGGAGGUUCGCGAUGUGAAGUUCUUCCCGGACGGUCGCUCGGUGGUGGACACCAUCGGCGUGUCCCGAUUCAAAGUGCUGAGCCACGGACAGAGAGACGGCUACAACACCGCCAAAAUCGAGUACCUGGAGGACCGGAAGGUGGAGGGGGCGGAGCUUGUGGAGCUGCUGAGGCUGCAUGACUCUGUGUAUGAGCAGGCCUCCGCCUGGUUCUCCUGUCUGAAGGACAACCUGAAGAGCCAGAUCCUCAGCCACUUCGGCAACCUGCCCACUAAAGACUCCAGCCCGCAGGGCAGUCCUGGUGGGCCGGCCUGGUGCUGGUGGCUCCUGGCCGUUUUGCCGCUGGAGAACCGUGCCCAGCUCACCAUCCUGGCCAUGACCUCCCUCAAAGAGCGCCUCAUCGCCAUCCGCCGCGUCCUCAUCUUCGUCACCUGCAAACGGGCACGGUGACUGACCGCCGCGUCACCAUGGGGACCGGGCCACGUGGAGGGGCGGGGCUCUACGGGGACCAGUGUGGUGCUCUGUGCUGCUUUCUGUUUGUUCUUGUUUGUUUUCUGAAAUGUGGGUCCCGUGUGAUUGGUUGGGACUGCAGUGCAUGCGUUGCUGUUGUGGCUCAUCUGCACAAUGCUGGAGUUUCAGCAGCGUUUUUAAUUCAUUGAUCCAGCGGCUCUACUCCACCCCCCCCCCACGCUGGGACCUGCCUAUUGCCACAUGGCCCCGCCCCUCUCCAGGUGUGGACACGUUGGGGGGCUCAGUUCAGUUGUUAAAGACCCACUAGAGAGCUGUGCCUCUCUCUGUGCUGCUUUAAAUUAUUAAGGAGUAAAGUGCAACUUACUGGUUCAUUUCCAACAGAAAAGAAUUUUUGAAGAUAAAGUACAUAUGGGAAAAUAAGCCGGCAUGUUGAUGUGUGUUGGUGCUGGCUGCCGCUUGGUCUCCUGGUGUGUGUGAGGUGUGCGGUCUGUCAGCUCCGGUUAGAAAACAGCAAUCUGUCAGUAUCUGGGUGUGUGUUCUCUACCCGGCCCAUAGAGGGAGCUAUCUGACCAAUUCAGUGAUCUCCCUGUCCAUGGAGACCUAGAGCGUUACUGUCCGUGUUUCACAUAAAGAGACUGCACUUGUUGCACAAAGCUAGCUUCAGCACAGAAGGCCCAAAGCCUUCCUAUAGCUUCCUAAACCAGCCUGUGGCUCUGUAGGACCAGGGAGGGGACCCCAAAACACUCUGUGACUGUGUAGGCCCAGGGAGGGGACCCCAAACUCUCUGUGACUCUGUAGGACCAGGGAGGGGACCCCAAAACAGCCUGUGACUCUGUAGGGCCAGAGAGGGGACCCCAAAACAGCCUGUGACUCUGUAGGACCAGGGAGGGGACCCCAAAACACACUGGCUCUGUAGGACCAGGGCUGGGGACCCCAACACACACUGGCUCUGUAGGACCAGGGCUGGUGACCCCAACACACACUGGCUCUCUAGGACCAGGGCUGGUGACCCCAACACACACUGGCUCUCUAGGACCAGGGCUGGUGACCCCAACACACACUGGCUUUGUAGGACCAGGGCUGGUGACCCCAACACACACUGGCUCUGUAGGACCAGGGCUGGGGACCCCAACACACACACUGUGGCUCUCUAGGACCAGGGCUGGGGACCCUUGUGCUUGAAGUAAACCGAACCUCUACUCCUCAGAAUUUGGGGAUGGGCUUUGCCCGAUGCUGCUGCUGCCCGUGUUCGCUGCCCUGUCAGGCUGGCAGAGGGCAGCUGGUUGGUUGCUAUGGCAACUUACACCAGACUUUUACCUCUUAAAACAAAAAAAAAAAACUGCGGGUCUGAUUGGCCUCCUAGCAUGAAGCCGACUCUUUCACCACUGUGAGCACUUACCUGGUGAAAUGAGUUCACUUACCUGGUGAAAUGAGCUCACUUACCUGGUGAAAUGAGUUCAGUUUCCUUCUUGCCUCAUUUUUGUUUCAGAAAACUCUUCCAAACGGCUCCAUUGUAGUUGGCGCUAAAACAGUCUCAGGUGAGAGUCAGCUCUGCUUCAAUGCAUCCUGAAUAACCAGCUCGGUUUGGAAUGUGUCAUUAUCACAUUAUGGUGUAGAUGGUGUUUGAAUUGAGUAGGAUAUGUAUUCAAUCAGUAGUUUUCAGGUAAGGGUUGAACUUUUUUUUUUUUUUUUUAAGUUCUGUAUGUUAAUUGAUUCUGUGUAUUUUUAUGGUUGUCCUGAGCAAAAUCUUUGAACCGUUUUUUUAUUUUUUAUUUUAUUUUUAUUUUUUUGAGGUUCAAUGUACAAUUGAGGCCUUCUACAUGUAAAUAGACAUUUUUUUCUAUUGUGAUUUCAUGUUUUCUUCUGUGUGUGAUCUGUACUGUUUGUGUAAUGUCUCUGGUUACCAUGUCCAAUUCAGACAGAUAAAUGCUGCAUUAUCACAUUAUUUACAUUUGUACUGUAAAAGAUUAUAUUUAACUUAUUUUCAAUUUGAAAUAAAAAUGCCUGAAAGUAAA